CGUUUUCGCAAUCGAUUCCGCGCGUUUUCGUUACGCGGCGCGGAAAAGAAACAUCACGACUACGCGAUCUUACCACGAUCUUCCUCUCUGGUGAGGAGGAAUCCGUUCGCCGCGUGAAACAUUGCGUUCGGCGGUUUCGAGAAUCGCCGCCGGAACGGUACCGUGUAGCAUCAUCGCGGUUCGUCGAUGCGUGGACGGUAAAUUUCGCCCUGCUGGACAGAGUGACGGCGGCGGCGACGACGACGGCGGCGCCGGUGGAGGCAGAGACAAGAGGCGGUGGCGGCGGCGGCGGAGGAGGAGGAGGCGGGGGGAAGCUGUUCAUCGAACGGAACAGCCGCGCGCGCGGUGGAGCGGCGAUACGGAGCGGAGGAGCGCGGCCUGAGCUGCGUUCGUUGUACGGUAGUUGGUGAAACGGGCGCGGGCAUAUCACGGGAUAGGAGGAGGCGGCGGCUGGCGGCGAUUCCUUGGUAGUUGCCGGUACUUGUACGAGGCUCGAAGAUGGCAGAUACGAGCCAACAAGCAUUAAGCGAGCCACACACGAAUGGAGUGAUGGACGGUUUGACGGAAGAUGAAAAAAGUAAGAUGAGACCCGCCGAUAUCGAUGCGGAUAUGAGAGAAAUGGAGAGGAGAAAGAGGGUCGAGAUGAUGAUGAACUCACGAAUCUUCCGGGAAGAGUUGGAACGUAUAAUUGAGACACAGAUGAGGGACGGUGCUGGACCCUCUGGUCUCCUGCAACAGAUCUCUGACAUGAUGGGUGCACAGGGAGCCCGAUUUAACGGCAAUGUGUUCAAAAAUUCGAAUUGCGUCUUGCCUAUCAACGACAUUCGUGGCGUGGAAAGCAUGGGAUACGCCAAGGGCGAGAAAGUAUUGCGAUGUAAGAUGGCGGCGGUCUUCAGAUUGCUCGAUCUCUAUGGAUGGACGCAGGGCGUCGGCGGGCAAAUAACCGCUCGUCUUAAUCAGGACGAGGAGCACUUUUUGGUGAAUCCUUUCGGGCUACUCUAUCACGAGGUUACCGCCUCGAGUUUAAUCAAGGUGGACAUGCAGGGCACGAUUGUCGAGCAGGGGACGACGAACUUUGGCGUGCACAUCACUGGUUUUCAAUUACAUUCGACAAUACACGCUGCGAGACCCGAUAUCAAGUGUAUUAUUCAUAUUACUACUCCGUCCGUUACCGCUGUAUCCUCCUUGAAGUGUGGAUUGUUACCAAUCGGUCAAGAGAGCAUAGUGAUAGGAGAAGUGAGCACCCAUCAAUACAUAGGAGGUUCCGUCGAGCCGGAGGAACGGGAAAAGAUCGCUAGAAAUCUUGGGCCGAUCAACAAGGUUAUGCUCCUAACGAAUCGCGGUGCCCUUUGCUGUGGAGAAACAGUGGAAGAAGCGUUCUUUAACGUUUACAAUACCGUAGUUGCCUGCGAGACGCAACUCAAACUAAUGCCCGCAGGUGUAGAUAAUCUAAGCCUUAUCAGCGAGGAAUCGAAAAAAGCUAUAUUUGAAGCGUCGCGAAAACCGCCGAUUCCGCAACAUACCUCAGCGGUAGAGUCGUCCGCUCUCGCGGAGAAACUCGAGAAACGCUGGAGAAUCGGCGGUGCUGAAUUCGAGGCCCUUAUGAGAAUGCUUGACAAUGCUGGAUUCCGUACGGGCUACAUAUAUAGAAAUCCACUUGUAAAAGGAGACCCCCCGAAACCACGAAACGAUGUUGAAGUUCCACCGGCCGUAUCAUCUUUAGGAUAUCUGCUUGAAGAAGAGGAAUUAUAUAAACAAGGGCUGUGGAAGGGCGGACGUAAAGGCACAGACAGAUCCCGUUGGUUAAAUUCGCCAAAUGUUUAUCAGAAAGUUGAAAUCCUGGAAACUGGAACACCCGAUCCUAAAAAGAUCACCAAGUGGGUGUCUGAUGGAUCUCCUACUCAUAGCAGCACACCAGUCAAGAUAGACAGUGCUCUUCAGUUUGUUCCGAAAAAUACCAACCCAAAGGAAUUUAAACAGUUACAACAGCAGAUUAAAGAUUAUCGACGAGCAGAGAAAAUAUCGGCUGGUCCGCAAUCCCAUAUAUUGGAAGGUGUAUCAUGGGAGGAAGCUAAGAAAAUGCAGGACGCGACAAUUAGUGGUACCGGAGAACAAGUAGUUUUAGUAGGAGCCGCUAGCAAGGGUAUUAUACAGCGUGGUUUCCAACACAAUGCGAUGGUGUACAAGACACCUUAUGCCAAAAAUCCUUUCGACGCCGUCACGGAUCAAGAAUUGGAUCAGUAUAAGAGAGAAGUCGAACGCAAACAGAAGGGAGAUCCUUACGAUGAAUCACAAUCAGAAUCCGAGGCCUUGUCAUCCUUUAACAUCAGUCGUGCGACGCAUGAAUCCAGCACUGCCAAGAGUCCUAUUCAGUCACCAGUUUCUGUUACUUCAGAAACAGAGGAGGAGAGUAGAGACGAACCCCGAGUAUUGAGAAUAGAAACGAAACAAGUGCCUGCGCCGAGUCAACCCGAAGUUGUGCUAAGCGAUGUGAAUGAUGCUACUACAGAGUACCUUAAUGAGAUGCGCUACAGAAUGACUGAGCGACAAAGCGGUUAUAAAGGAGGAGAGAAUACCGUAAACGGCGAUCACUCGGACGCUCAUCACAGUACUUUUUCGCAAAGUAGCAAGGAGGAUGUGAGCGUUAGCGAGGAAUCGCCAAAGAAGGAAAAGAAGAAGAAGAAGGGCCUUAGGACGCCAUCCUUCCUUAAAAAGAAGAAAGAAAAGAAGAAGUCGGUCGAGGCGUAGGUAGUCGUAGCUCAGACACUGCCACAAGCAAAAGCUUCUCG